AGAGAAACCUGACGGGUGUGUUUUGUGUGCGGCAGACCCCUCAUACUUUCGCCAACAUCUCAUCAUGUCAAAGAGUGCAACAAGUGACUGUCGUCACGCACAUCUUCGUAAGGAAAGUUUCUUUGAUCAUCGGGGGAGCUCACACGACACCAGCAAGCAUGUCCUUCCUGCCCCACUGCCCUCGACACCCAUCUGAACGCAUCGGAUUAACCCUUCACAAGAUACUCAGCAUCGUGAUCGCGCUGUUGGAGCAGCGCAAGUCACUGUGGCUCGGCCUUUCGUCCUCAUAGCGUCCAUGCCGGGCUGUGAGGAGCGAGGACGGGACGACAUACAUGCUUUGGAGACGCGGAGCUCACGCACACAACCAUGCAGGAGCGCCAGAGGUCAUCGUCUGCAGAACAGAAUCAUGGACGUUAGGCACGGGGAUAAGUAUGCAACAACACACCAUUCUGAUUGAAAACUACAUCUUGAUGAAUCAUCGCAGGGAUCUUCAAACCAACAACCUUUCAAUUUCUACCCUUCCAGACCCGAGAGUUGUGUUUGACAUACCGCAGAGACAUGUGCCCCUUCUAAGAUCCAUGCUCAACACUUUCGAGUUUCGUCUUGAAAUGACCUAACACACAGAAAGAUGGUUCAAAGACGAGGCAGAUCUGAGGGGAAACUCGAAAGGGGUUCUCAAUGAAACUGUCUCGCUAGACUCAUUCUAUCUUCGUCAGCCAUGGUAAGGAAAGGCAUCAUCUGAGUUCGCCUGCGCUUCAUGCAUGCGCUCCCCCUCAUCCUGCUAAUUCGCCAUUCCUGUCCCCCUCGUUCCCUCC